GGCGUGGCUCAAGUGGAAGCGCGGUCCUCACGACCCGAAGUUGCGAGCUCGGUGUAGGCGCUGCACGCUCUACCCUACCGGCGUGCCAGCCAUCCGGCCCGCCCGCCCAUGGCGGUGCAGGCGCUGCAGAGCUCGGGCGUGGGCCUGCGCAGGAUCCUGGCUCACUUCCCCGAGGACCUGAGCCUGGCCUUCGCCUACGGCUCCGCGGUGUACCGCCAGGCGGGACCCAAUGCACACCAGGAGAAUCCCAUGCUAGACUUGGUGUUCACAGUAGAUGACCCUGUCGCCUGGCACGCCAAGAACCUGAAGAAGAACUGGAGCCACUACUCCUUCCUCAAACUCUUGGGGCCCAGGAUCAUCUCUUCUGUCCAGAAUAACUAUGGUGCCGGCGUCUACUUCAACCCACUGAUCAUGUGUGAUGGGAAGCUUAUCAAAUACGGGGUUAUUUCCACUGGCACCCUAAUCGAUGACCUCCUGAACUGGAAUAACCUGUAUAUCGCUGGGCGCCUCCAAAAGCCGGUGAAGAUUGUAUCGAUGAAUGAGAAUGCGGUUCUUAGAUCGGCCCUGGAUAAGAACCUGAAGAGCGCGGUGACCACUGCCUGCCUCAUGCUCCCGGAAAGCUUCUCCGAGGAAGACCUCUUCAUAGAGAUUGCUGGACUCUCCUACUCAGGUGACUUUCGCAUGGUGAUUGGCGAGGAAAAAGCAAAAGUCUUGAACAUCGUGAAGCCCAACGUAGCCCAUUUCCGAGAGCUCUAUGGGAACAUUUUACAGGAGGACCCCCAGGUGGUGUACAAAAUGCAGCAGGGCCGACUAGAGAUAGAUAAAAGCCCAGAAGGACAGUUCACCCAGCUAAUGACAUUGCCCAGAACCUUACAGCAGCACAUCAAUCACAUCAUGGACCCUCCUGGGAGAAACAGGGAUGUGGAGGAGACCUUACUGCAAGUGGCUCAAGACCCCGACUGUGCCGAUGUGGUGCGGCUAGGGGUCUCAUCAAUCGUCAGACCUUCAAGCAUCAGGCAGAGCACCAAAGGCCUCUUUACUGCUGACUACUGUUGAAGUUCAAAGCCAUGCUGCUCCUUAAUCCAUCGUGUGUGUUCUCCAUGGAAGCUUGUGGUCCUCCUCCUCCUCUGUGGCUCUGGAGGCUAGUGAUGCUGUGGUCCUCCUCUGGGGCUCUGAAGGCUAGUGAUGCUGUGGUCCUCCUCUGGGGCUCUGGAGGCUAGUGAUGCUGUGGUCUUCCUCCUCUGGGGCUCUGGAGGCUAGUGAUGCUGUGGUCCUCCUCUGGGGCUCUGGAGGCUAGUGAUGCUGUGGUCUUCCUCCUCUGGGGCUCUGGAGGCUAGUGAUGCUGUGGUCCUCCUCUGGGGCUCUGGAGGCUAGUGAUGCAUUGUUGUGAUUGUUCUGAUCUCUUCUCCUGGCCAUUCUCAGUGGGGAAACCCAGAAUAGUCUCUCAUUCCCCAUUUGUUUUCUCAGUUCUCUUUUUCCUCAGUGUCCUUUAUCCAGAUGCUGGGUUCCUAGGCCAGGGGUUGCUUUUUCUUUUGUCUCCCAUGUGUUAGCCUUGUGGUCUUUUCCCUCUGCUCUCUGGGAGUUUUCUCAGCUUUAGUUGUGAGCCUGCAGGGUCUGUCUGUGUGUAGGGGGUAUUGGGUGUCACAUCCUAUACAAGCCCUUUCCCACCGCGUUGUAGUCCUGGCCCCUGCUCCUUCGUCUUUUAUCCCCAGCACUUUUGUCAAAUAAAGUGGCUCUGUUGAUGAGUAGGGUGUGGGAACUCUUCCUCCUCCCCCUUUCCAGCACUUGGCAUCAUCACCUUUGUUAGAGACCCAUGUGUUAAGCGUCUGUCUUGUGCUGGCUGCUCAGCAUAUGAAAGUGGGCUUUGGCCAUCUUGCCUCCUGAGCUGGAAAGGGAGACAAGACACUCAUGUCCAUGGAAAUGGGACAGUGGCUCCCAAACCAAGUGAUCUUUCACCCUGUACCCGCUCCUUGGAUGUGAGACUGCCUGAGCUGGUGUGGCCACAUGUCUUAGAGUCCCACAGCCCCGUGCAUGCCCAUUGGAAUAUUUGUUCCCAGGAUAUGGCAUUGCCUUCCUGAGUCUGUGGAAAGAUCUGGCCGGGUUUCAGCAGCACUAAACACUAAGUCAGCUGCAGAAAAGAUCUCCUACAACUCAGUGGGUAGCCUUGUAUUUCUAACUAAGGUAGCCAUUUAUUCUGUGCUCCUGCUGGUGUGUCCUGGCAAAGCUGACAUGGAGGUGCUUUUGUUUGCUCGGGUGAAUCAGGCUCUCAAUUUGUGCUGUGCCUGUUGCUGGCUGCUCCUUGCCGUGAUCAACCUUGAGUGAGACUUACAGAUUCUUGAACGGGGACUUUCUGGAAGGAACACUUAAUGCUUUUAGUUGUGAUAAUGGUGUUAUUUGGGUUUGCUUUUUUUUAUAUCUUGUUCCUUCAGAAAGACAUGCCAAAAUAUUUGUGGAUUAAAAUAAUAUGAUGCUUGGGAUUUGCUUUAUAAUAAAUGGUGUAAGGGAGUGGAUUCUGGACUGUUUCUGAGCUGGUGUGUUGUUGAAACCCAGGAAAGAUAAGUAGGGUUCUAUCAGUGUUCUAUAUUCUAUCAGUAUUUGUAUAUUUUUAUUUAAACAGGGCAUUAUAUAACCCUGGCCAGCCUCAAACUACUAUGUAGCUAAGGAUGACCUCAAACUCUUGAUCCUUGUGUCUCUAUCUCUCGUGUACUAAGACAUAGCAGGUUUGUACCACCGCACCAGGGCCUCAUUCAUGCUGGGCACAUGUUCUCACUGAGCCACACCCAGACAGUGCAUUGCUGUGUAGUACAGGUUGACCCUGCCGCCUUAGCCUCUGGAUGCCGGAAUUUCUGUCGAUGUCAGGUUGAAUAUGAGUGGGGACGGGGGAUUUUAGGAAAACCAAGCUGUUUUCUUUACAGGACUCCUUUGGCCAAUGAGAGGCUUCACUGCUCCGUGCUUGCACACUGUGGGGCAGAACUAAACUGUCAGUUAAAACCUUGUUGACACUGUGGAUCCAAACAACAGAGAAACUAAAGGAUCUUGUCCAAUUCUGUGCCUGAUUUUAAUAAAAGUGACUUCGGUUGUA